CCAGCACAGGCGCUCAGUUUGAGUCUAUCAUGUGCGACAACACUAGUAGUUUCUUCAGGUUAGAAUGAAAUACUAGUUUCUUCAAGGUAGAACAAGACCAUUGGUAGAUCUUGACCUAGACUGAUCAAAAAACAUGGAUAACGGCAGUGCUGGUCAAGUUGGUGGCACAGCAGGCGGCUCGUCUUCGUCCACUUCACGACCACCUCAACAUGGUGCAAAUAACGCUGCGAAUGCUUCGCUAACGGAGCAGAAGAACCAAGAUCCUGCACUACCGCCAGCACAUCAAGUUAAGGCUUGAUAUAAGUGAUUCACUCCUACAGGAGGUUCUUUUUCUCCGUUUGUGUCCUUUUUAGGAUUCAUCGAUCUUGGAAAAUGAAAACAAGGAACGAAAUUUUUUGAGCUCCUCUAAUCAAGGAGGAGGUGACCAACCCAGAACAGGGAG